UCAAGCCAGCUUCUCUUCCCCUCCUCCUCCAUCUUCUUCUCUGAACUACUCUGCAACUUGUUAAAUUAGCCAUGGCUUCCAACAAGUUUAAGUUUUUAUUUGGGUUGAUUUCACUUCUUAUAGCCACUGCCUCUGCUCAGUUGUCCCCUAACUUUUACGCGAAAACAUGCCCCAAAGCACUUGCCACCAUUAAAUCGGCAGUAGCAUCCGCAGUCCAGAAAGAGGCUCGCAUGGGAGCUUCCUUGCUUCGUCUUCACUUCCACGACUGCUUUGUUAAUGGAUGUGAUGCAUCCAUCCUCUUGGAUGACACUGCAAGUUUAACCGGAGAAAAGAACGCUGGGCCAAAUGCCAAUUCAGUGAGGGGAUAUGAAGUAAUAGACACCAUUAAAUCUCAAUUAGAGAAUCUAUGCCCUGGUGUUGUCUCCUGUGCUGAUAUAGUAGCAGUCGCUGCUCGUGAUUCCACCGUUGUUCUUGGUGGACUAAGUUGGACUGUUCUCUUGGGAAGAAGAGAUUCAACCACUGCAAGCCAAAGUGCUGCUAAUUCCAACCUCCCCUCCCCACUCUCAAGUCUUAGUACCCUUAUCUCUGUCUUCUCCAACAAAGGUUUCACUGCUAAAGAAAUGGUGGCUCUUUCAGGAUCGCACACAAUUGGACAAGCAAGGUGCACGACCUUCCGAGCCCGUAUCUACAACGAGACCAACAUUGACUCCACCUUUGCAACAUUACGACAGAGAAAUUGUCCAAAAAACGGGGGAGACAACAAUCUUGCUCCUCUAGACACUACAAGUCCAACAUUAUUUGACAAUGCAUACUUUCAGAAUUUGUUGAACAAGAAGGGACUUCUGCAUUCCGACCAGGUGCUCUUCAAUGGAGGCUCCACAGACUCUCAAGUCACCGCAUACAGUAACAACGCCGGAGCUUUCAAGACAGACUUUGCGAAUGCGAUGGUAAAGAUGGGGAAUCUGAGUCCACUCACGGGCUCAAAUGGCCAAAUUAGGAAGAAUUGUAGGAAAGUCAAUUGAGUUUGGGCAAUGAGGCUCGGAAAUGUCCUUGUCUGGUUAGGAAUAAAGUGGUUGGUUGUUAUUGUUUUCUCGUGUGAUUUUCUCAGCUUAAUUAAUUGUAACUUGAAAGUCCUGAGCAUGCGCAAUCGCGGAGUGAAUCGAGUGACGGGGGCCUUGGAGGGGCACAACCCCCCAAACGUUUGAGAAGUUAAUAUAUUAGUACUUUAUUU